AUGGCUCCUCCACAUGUGUCCAGGGUGGAGCUCCACCUGCAAGUGAAAGACAUCAAAACUAUUGAGGAGUUACCAAAGAAGUCCAUCCUUGGAAAAAGAAAGAAGCGAGAUGGUGAAGAAGAAGAUGGGCAGGGGAUGUGGAACAAAAAAUCAAUACUUUGGGAGCUAGAGUACUGGCAGUUGUUGGAUGUGCGUCAUUCGAUUGACACCAUGCACACCAAGAAGAAUGUGUGCAAGAGCCUGUGUGGAACAUUGUUGCAACAGAGGGGCAAAGGAAAAGAUCAUGAGAAUGCAAGGCAGGAUCUGCAAGAUAUGGGCAUUAGGCCGGAGCUCUAUGCAGAGGAAACAGACACGGGGACGGUCCUUCCCGUAGCUGCAACCACAUUGUCAAAGAUGGAGCGAAGAGAAUUCUGUGAGUUCUUGCAUGGUUUGAAAGUACCUUCAGGCUACUCUUUGAACUUCAAGAGGCUAGUGUCGGUGAAGGAUAUGAAAAUGAAUUUCCACUUGAUGAAAUCUCAUGAUUGCCAUGAAUUGAUGACAGCUCUUCUUCUUGUUGCACUUAGAGGUAUCAAGACAGUACUGGUUCGCGAGGCUGUCAUGAGCUUGUGCUUUUUCUUCAAUGCGAUAGAACAGAAGGUGAUUGAUGUGGAGGCACUGUCGAGGUUAGAGAGAAGGCAUUUUGAGACCCUAUGCCUGCUUGAGGCUACUUUUCCACCAUCAUUCUUUGAUCUCAUGGUCCAUCUAACAGCACAUCUUGCAAAGGAGAUCUUCUACCUUGGCCUAUCUUACCUUCAUCAAAUGUUUCCAUAUGAGAGGUUCUAUGGCUUUCUGAAAUCAUUGGUACAUAACCGGUCGUUUCCGGAGGGAGCCAUGGUUCGUGGCUAUGGUACCAUCGAAGCAGUGGAGUGGGCCAUGGGUUAUAUGGACCCCCAAAACCCCAUUGGUGUGCCUCAUUCACGGCAUGAAGGUAGGCUUGCAGGUGUUGGGACCUUGGGCAAAAACUCAAUCACUCCGGGUCAAGAUUCCUUCAACAAGGCUCAUUUCAUCGUGCUUCAACAGACCGACGUAGUGACACCUUAUGUCAAUGAGCACUUGCGACACCUACGUGAAGGUAAUCCUAAUCGUAAUGAGGCUUGGGUUGCAAAGAAGCAGAUGCAAGGCUUUAACACUUGGCUCCGAGAUUAUGUCCAGAAAUCUAGCGCUGCUAUAACCGAUAAUUUGAUAAGAAAACUAGCAGCGGGGCCAUUAUUCACUAUUACAACAUACCAAGCAUAUGAUAUUAAUGGAUACACUUUCUACACCAUAGCCCAGGAUGGCAAGAGCAUCUAUCAAAAUAGUGGCGUGCGUGUAGAUGCCAUCAACAACGACAUGGAGACAGACACAUAUUAUGGUCAGAUAGAGGAGAUAUGGGAGCUUGACUAUGUUGGAUUGAAGGUAGCCCUGUUUCGGUGUCGAUGGGUCAAUGGGAAGAAAGGUGUGACCAAGGACAAAUAUGGGUUUGUUAGUGUUGAUCUACGAGUCUUUGGUUACAAAGAUGAACUGUUUGUCUUCGCCAAGGAUGUGCAGCAAGUGUUCUAUGUACCCGACCUUGCAAAGAAGAACUGGUAUGUGGUUAUGCCUAGAAAAAGAAGGAUAGUUGGGGUUGAAUAUGUCAUUGAGGAGGAGGAAUACAACCAAUUUGACGAAAUUCCGUCAUUUGACAUGCCAUACAGGCCCCAACUCUUGGCAAAUGAUAAAACACCAUACUUGCGAAGCGACCAUCAAGAAACAAUCAAUGUCUGUAAAGCAAGGAAAAAGCAAGUCUGA